CUCGGUUUUUUUUCUACAUUUUUCUUUUUUCUUCUUUAGUAUUUAUAAAAUGGUUAACGCAAUUGCUGUUCUCAAGGGUAACGACGUUUCUGGUGUCGUCAAGUUCUCUCAAGCUUCUGAAGAUGCUCCUGUUGUUGUUGAUGCUUCUUUCACUGGUUUGAAGCCUGGAAAGCAUGGUUUCCACAUUCACGAAUUCGGUGACAACACCAAUGGUUGUAUCUCUGCUGGUCCUCACUAUAACCCUCACGGUAAGACUCACGGUGCUCCUGAAGCCGAAGUUCGUCAUGCUGGUGACUUGGGUAACAUUACUGCUAACGCCUCUGGCGAAGCUACCUUGAAGGUUGAAGAUUCUCAAUUAAAGUUGAUUGGUCCCUUGUCUAUUAUUGGUCGUACUGUUAUCGUUCACGCUGAUGAAGAUGAUCUUGGUCUCGGUGGUCAUGAACUUUCUGCCACUACCGGUAACGCUGGUGAUCGUUUGGCUUGUGGUGUUAUUGGUGUUACCAAAUAAGUCAACCUGUUCAACCUUCAUACCAAAACCAUG